UUUGUGCUCUAGACCCUUACAGGGUACUACUUUUAAUUGGAAAAGUGGCUUUGAAAUUCUCUGAUAUUGCCCCUACAUGAUGCGUAAGUAUGUAGGAAAGUAAAGGCAGGUAAAUGUCUUAAGCAUGGAAUUGUUCAUGUAAAACAGCAUACAGGCAUUUGUCAUUCCUCAUGGGAGUUUUUGCUGGUGGUUUAAAGGAAGCGACAUUAUGGUCAAAGUGGCAGUCUGGCUGAAGAAAAGUAAUUUGUGUAUUGCUUUUUUAGGUUUGAGUAUGAGCACAGUUGAAGAAGAGUCUGACACAGUGACAGUAGAAACCGUGAACUCUGUGACUUUGACUCAGGACACUGAAGGGAACCUUAUACUUCAUUGCCCUCAAAAUGAAGCUGAUGAAGUAGACUCUGAAGACAGCACUGAACCUCCACACAAGAAGCUUUGCUUAUCAGAGGAUGAUCAAAGCCUGGAUGAUUCCACCCCGUGCAUUUCUGUCGUUGCAGUUCCAAUUUCAGAAAAUGAUCAGAGCUUUGAGGUGACCAUGACUGCUACCACUGAGGUAGCUGAAGAUGAGAUUGACGAAGGAACUGUUACUCAGAUCCAGAUUCUUCAGAAUGAACAACUGGAGGAAAUCUCCCCAAUGGGCAAUGAAGAAGUGUCAGCUGUCAGUCAAGCUUGGUUCACAACCAAAGAGGAUAAGGAUUCUCUGACAAAUAAAGGCCAUAAGUGGAAGCAGGGGAUGUGGUCAAAGGAAGAAAUUGACAUUUUGAUGAGUAACAUUGAGCGUUAUUUAAAGGCUCGUGGAAUAAAAGAUGCCACUGAAAUUAUAUUUGAAAUGUCAAAAGAUGAAAGAAAAGAUUUCUACAGGACAAUAGCUUGGGGUCUGAAUAGGCCUCUCUUUGCUGUCUAUAGAAGAGUUCUUCGCAUGUACGAUGACAGAAACCACGUUGGCAAGUAUACUCCUGAGGAAAUUGAAAAACUUAAAGAGCUUAGAGUAAAGCAUGGUAACGACUGGGCCACGAUAGGAGCUGCACUGGGGAGAAGUGCUUCAUCUGUAAAAGAUCGAUGUAGGCUGAUGAAGGAUACCUGCAACACAGGAAAGUGGACAGAGAAAGAAGAAAAAAGACUAGCAGAAGUAGUGCAUGAGCUCACAAGCACAGAACCAGGUGACAUUGUCACACAAGGUGUCUCAUGGGCUGCUGUGGCAGAACGGGUCGGGACGCGCUCUGAAAAGCAAUGCCGCUCUAAAUGGCUCAACUAUCUCAACUGGAAACAAAGUGGGGGCACUGAGUGGACCAAGGAAGAUGAAAUAAAUCUAAUCCUGAGGAUAGCGGAACUCGAAGUGUCUGAUGAAAAUGACAUCAACUGGGAUUUACUUGCAGAAGGAUGGAGUAGUGUCCGCUCACCACAGUGGCUUCGGAGUAAAUGGUGGACCAUUAAAAGACAGAUUGCAAACCACAAAGAUGUGUCAUUCCCUGUGCUCAUAAAGGGUCUUAAACAACUCCACGAGAAUCAAAAAAACAAUUCAGGACACCAGCUCUCGGAGAACAAAUCUGGAGGUGGAUUAGCAAACCCUAAUUCUAGUUCGGGCGUUCAGCACGUGCAGAUCCGAGUGGCUCGCUUAGAGGAGAACGCAGGCAAUGCACCAAGCCCUAUGGCAGCCUUGCAGAUUCCAGUCCAGAUCACCCAUGUCUCUUCAUCUGAUUCCCCUGCUGCUACUGUUGACUCUGAUACAAUAACACUAAACAGUGGAGCACUGCAGACCUUUGAAAUCCUUCCAUCUUUCCACCUCCAGCCAACUGGAACACCGGGUACAUACUUACUACAGACAAGCUCAAGCCAAGGCCUUCCUCUGACACUGACAACUAGUCCUACCAUGACCCUGACAGCAGCUGCUGCUGCUCCAGCCUCCCCAGAGCAGAUCAUAGUCCAUGCCUUAUCGCCAGAGCAUUUGUUAAAUACAAGUGACAAUGUCACAGUGCAGUGCCACACACCAAGUGUCAUAAUCCGCACCGUUGCUGCUGAAGAUAUCUCCUCCUCUGUCACUCAGGCAGAACUUACUGUUGAUUCAGAUAUUCAGUCAGCUGACCUGACAGAGCCUCCUGAUACCCUGGAAACCAAUACUUUCCCAGAUGAUAUCCAUCAGUCCAAGCUGGGUGAUGAAGAACAAUCAGGCUACAAUGAAGAUGAUGCCUCCAAAUUCAGCAGCAGGAAUAGCAGUGAACUGAUGGAUGGAGUGAUGGUAAGAACUGAGGAGGAGAUUCAUGAUGCCAGGCUGAAACAGGAAGAGGAUUCUCACUCUGAUUUACCCAGCACUUACGUUACUGAGGACCUGGGUUCUCCAACAAUAGAAGAACAAGUGGAUCAGCCUACAAUAGAUGAUGAGACUGUGCUUAUUGUUCCUUCCUCCCAUGGUUUUAUCCAGACAGCAGACGAUAUAGAUGGUGAAUCAGUCUUGCCCCUGACAACGCUAACAGAUCCUAUCUUACAGCAUCAUGGAGAUGGCUCACACAUUAUUGGCUCAUCACUGGGCAGUCCUGACUCGGAAGAUUCCAAGGAUGUUGAAGACCUAGUGAGCUGUCACUGAGAAGCAGUAACCACGGCCAUUUUCUAUCGACCAUGUUUGCGUUGUGAAAUUAGUUACAACCCUGUGCCACAUUUCCAAAGGAAGCAGUCAGUCCCCAUCUUUACACAGACCCUUCCAGUUUGCAGUGACUACCGUGCACUUUCUCUGCUCAGCCUUUUUACCUCAUUUGCAAGGGUGACAGAGCAGCCAACCCAAGCUGACAUACUGUGUCUCAGCCAGGUUGUUCCAGUGUUCUAAAGAACUGCUGCUGCAGUGGUCACUGCUAGGUUCCAUGUGAUCAGCUCUGAUCUGACUUGUUACAGGUGUGCUGAACUGCACAUCUGAAGAACUGGACAGAAGUCAAGGAUCAUGGACUGUAGCCUCUUAGUGCCACAGCAAGGAUUAGUUUGCACAUGUUUUGCAGUGAAUGGGGAAGGAUUCCUGCACUUACUGACUGUUGUAACACAUGGAGUAAGAGACACUCACGUUCCAGGAAGAAAUGUUUUCCUUCAAAGACUUCAGGGAGAAGGGGCAGUAACAUGAAAAAUGGGCUGUAUUGCCAUCUCCUCUAGCUUAUUAGUACAUCUACAGAACAGGAAGAAGACAGAGAUGAAGAGGGGACUUGCCUGGUCUGCUGGUUCCGCAGGAGUCCGUUGCUGGCAAUGGACAGCGCUCAGAAAGAUCACUAGUGGAAAUUUUUGUUUUCUUUCUCCUUUUUUUCUUUUCCUUCAUCACUACAGCAAGCUGGAUAAAAAGGGAAGGGCUAUGAGAAAGGGAAGGACUAGGACCUACCAGCCUCCCCCCCACAACCUUGUUAACUCCUUUGAAGACUGUUAAUGAGUAGGCUGGAGCAUUUGUCUCUUAUGCUGUUUACGUGACACUACCAGCCACCUCUCCAGAGGUGAUUUAUGCAGUAAGUUAGUCGAUGGGGAGUGACAUGGAGGUGGCAAGGUCUUAGAGAAGUAAGUCUGUGAGAAAUUGGGCAUAGGGCCCAGAAGCAAAGGAAGCUAAUUAAUUCCUGCAUUAAUUAAAGGGUUUGAAACAGACACUAGGCUGAGCAGCAGCCUGUUAGCUAGGAAUCAAGAGAAAAAGCUAUAGAGAACUAAAGACUCAUGUAUAAAUUAUUUUAUUUAUUUCUGUAAUUAGCUCUUCAUAACCAAGAGUUGGUCUUUUUCAGUCUGUGGUUUUGUUAACGUGAAAAACAAGUUGUAGUUUCAAAUGGUUGCCUAGGGAACAGAAAUCAUUGUAUAUUCAGUUUAAACAAAAUAAAGAGUAUUUGUCUUUCGUAA